UCAAAAUCUACAACCGACAUAUAUAUAUCACACACUCAACUCUUCCCUUUUUAUUCAUCUUCCAUCUCUUCUUCAUUUUCUUCAAUUACUCAAAGUUUUGAGACUUCACAAUCACUAGGAUUUCGCUCUAAUUCGUGGUGAUCAAUUCGAGAUUCUUGAUUUCGAUCGAUUGGUGAGAACGUUGGAACCAUGAGCAACUUGAGCCGAGGAAAAUCAUUGAUGAAAAACAUACGUUCCAUGGAACUUAAAGAAGGUUUAGAAUUUAUGAAAGAAGUGAAGAGAAUAUUUAUUCAAGAAAAUAAGAAGGAUAAGUAUGAUGACUUUAUGAGACUCAUGAAUGCUUAUAAGAAACAAAGGAUUGAUUUUCAGGAUUUAAUAAAAAGAUUGACGGAAAUAUUUCAAGGGCAUAGCGAUUUGCAACGGAGAUUAAACCAAUUCUUACCAAUUGGAUAUGAAAUCGAACUUCCAUCGAAGAGUGAACAAUCUUGCCAAAAGAAACAGGUUAAUAAGGAAGAUGCUGUAAAUUUUUUGAAAAAGAUAAAGACUCAGUUUCAAGACAUUGAAGAUGUUCACAUUUACUAUUCAUUUCUUCACAUAUUAAUUAUGUAUUAUAAGAAACAGAAGUCUUUCACUGAGGUCUGCCAAGAGGUUGCUUUUAUUUUCAAAGAUCAUCCCGACCUUCUUGAUGAGUUUACUCAAUUUCUCCCAGAAGCUAUUUCUUCUCAUUAUGCUACUACUCAGAAUUUUGUGCGUCGAGCUAUGUAG